CACGAAAUUGCACACAUUUUAAGCCGGUAUGUGAAUGUGGAUGAAAACGAUGCAGGCUAUUGUCCUUUACUGCAAUUUUGUUGCGAAUACUACGGGUGUUUGUCAAGCAGAUUAGCAUUAUAAAUUGACCCCUUGGUUGAAUCAAGCAUUCUGUGAGAGUAUCAAAUACCAUUUAAAGGGCUUUUACUACAACUACGACCAGAUCUUGUAGCGUCUGUUUGUUGGUGAACGAUACACCGUGAAGGAAUGUAGAAAUCGAGGCUUAAGAUUCCUUAGUCACGGUCAUAAACCUGAUGUGUUAUCAUAGUUUGAGUUUUGAAAGCUAUAACAUCAAAUUGGACAGAGCUUAGAUUAUUUUGCACGAAAGCAACUUAAAUUCCAACAGAAAGGGUAGCCGACGUAUAGUAUUGAUAGCACUGACUUUCUAAGGGCAAUGGACGGCCAUGAGAAUCAAACUCGCCAUGUAUAUCUUGUACCUCUUCUUGUGACAAUUCUGAUUGGUUGUUGUAUCGUCUUGGUAACCAUGCUGUCUAUGCUAUGCUGGCGUCGAUUUAGGAAUCUGUCUCUACGGGAGCAGUUCCUUGAUUACCGUGAGGUACCGGUGCUAAGCGACAAAGAAGACAAAAUAGAAAACUCCAUAACAAAAGAAAAACCGACCGAAAAUGGCCAUGUUGAGGAACUUAUCGAGAAGCCCAUUCCUGUUCUUCGUCAGGUGCAGAGGGGACCCAUGAAACACUUUGCAAAACAGCCACCACCCCCCUGGACACCCAAACCAGAACUGAACGUGGUAUCGGUACAACCUCUGGAUAAUGAUAAAGAAGAUGGCGAUGCCGAUCCGAUGUCUAGUUCAACGGAUGAUGACGAGGGUGAUACGUCCCCUAUUGAAAUGGCUGCUCCGUAUGACCUGAGAGAUGUGACGCCAAUCGAGGAAUUUACGGCGCCCAGCGAUGCAGACUUCCUUGGACGGAUUUAUUUUUCUUUGCAAUACGAUGCCCCAAGAGCUGUUCUAGUUGUUCGAAUAUUAAAAGGAGAAGAGUUUCCGCCAUAUUUGGGACAAGCACCCGAUGUUUUUAUGGAGGCAAAGCUCUCCCCAACCAUGAAGAACGGCCAGUUAAGAACCGAAAUCCACGAGAGAACAUCCCAUCCUUCUUUUAACGAGAUCUUUGAGUUUGGACUUUCGUAUGAUGAGAUCAGAAAACAGACGCUGCACUUUGCUCUGUGUUACAUGGAUAAAUAUUCGCACCCCUUCCACGUGGGGGAAGUGAUACAUCCUCUGGAUCAUUUGGAUAAGGGAGAGGACGACAUUCUAAAAGAAGAAAUGAUAGUAUGCAGAGAGAUACAGAAAAUGUUACAGAAAGAUGAUGAUAUAUCACGUGACCUUGGAUAUGGCCAGAUAUUGUUUUCGCUAAUGUAUAUGCCGCUGACCAGAAGACUAACCAUCGUGAUCUUCAAGGCACGAGAUCUCAAGUCAUGUUCCGAAGGGAUUCCAGCUGUUUACGUAGAGGUAGUCAUGGUCAACACAUUAAAAAGAAUACGAAAGAGAAAAGCAACGACUUUGAAGACAGGGACUCUGUCACCCGUAUACAAUGAGGCAAUGGCUUUCGAUGUGGCAAACAUGAAGCUAGAUGAUGUCAAACUCCAAGUAUUUGUCAAGCAAAAAAUGGAAGGCGUUCCACACAAAUUAAUGGGCCGUGUAGUACUCGGCUCCAAUGUUGAAGGGUUCGAGAAUGAACAUUGGAUGGAAGCGAUGAAUGCUAAAAAACCGAUUGCACAUUGGCAUAGCUUGAGUAAAGCACAUCCUUCCAUCUCACCCACCAAACCACGAAAAGCAAAGACAAUGUCUUUUCCGUGUGGGAGAAAUGUAGAACGAUUCUUGGCCUCUUCCUCUGAUAGUGAAGGCUGAAGCGACCUGUGUACAGUAAACUCGCAAUAAUAAAUUAUUUUAACGGGGCUUUCGUUCGUUAGAAUGCGGAGCUCGUGAGAGGCUCUAAGGGUUCGGUCAAAGGUUCACUCUCCUUUCCCCCAGCAACAAAAUAUAUAUUAAAGUGACAAUAGGAAUACUCCCUUUCUUUAGUCCCAUACAAGUGAGGCUAUCGUGUCGAUACAAUGCUUAUUGUCUCAUUGCAUGCAUCCAUAGUAUCUGCUAUUGCAAAGAGCAUGUUAAUGCAGUAGUUUUACAUGGAAUGCCCUUGUAUUUACCACACUUUGCGCCGGCACAGUUCGUGUCUUCUCAACUCGAAUGCGGUCAACUCGAAGGCAUACCAUUAUGAAUUAUUGUAAUUUCUUUCUUAUUAAAAGCAAAGUAAUACUCUUCAACCUUGAUACUCCUCUGCGCUAAUGAAUGAAAGACCCCUUGGUUAGAUUAUUCUAAGAAAAUACUCUCCAGGGUCGUAAUUUAAAAGGGUAUCCUUUUUUCUUUCAAAAUACCAACUUGAUUUUUUGAUAAUAGAUAUUAUUUUUUGUCGCGUAUUUUGAAAUAUAGAAAGCUAUGUUUUCCUGUACAUACGAAUCUAGUCUCCUCCGAAGGAGACUAAUACGAAUCAAGACACCUCUCAAUUUAACAUCGGUGUAUAAUGGUCUAACUUAUUUCAAUUAUAAUAUGAAGAAAUUUCUAUAUUACUUUUUGGAUUGAAGGUGUGGGAUGUGUAUUUAGUAGGCCUGGUUCUCACUUCUAUCAAAAUGAAUAUAAGCAUAGUCAAUAUCGUACCCAGAGCCUGCGUUUCAUCUGGCCUGCGACGAAGAACGAGGGCUCUGGCAUAAUCCGUUUUUUUGGCGCAUGCGCAAUUUUUCGGAAAUAUAAUCAAUGAAAAUCAUGCUUUCAACAAGUGGUCUGUGUUUACUUCCGAUCAAAAUAAAAAUUAGAAAUCGGGAACAUAUUCUUUGGGCAAGUCUUUCAACGCAUGUGCUCUUAUACCGAAAGUCCAAGAAAUCCUGGUCGCAAAGAAUAGAUUAUUUCAGAGCCCUCGUUCUUCGCCGAAGGCAAGGAGAAACGCAGGCUCUAGGUACGAGAUUAACAUAGUCUACAUGCGGAGACUCGUUGCAGCUCUUUUUUCAAGAGGCCAGUAACGACUAAAUCUUUUUUUUGGAGUCUCCUUGGGCAAGGGAAACAAUAGACUUGUCCUGUAGCACUAGGGUAACACUACUUUAUUGCACUAUUGAAUCUUACUGCUAAAGUUUAUGUUCGUGGUGUUUGUGAAAAUCUCACUCAUCACUCACGCCUAAAAUGUUUUAUGGUGUAUCGUUAGAUCAAGAGUGAUCGUUAGCGGGGAAUUCUUUUAAGGAACUCAAAGUUUAAUCUUAAGUAACUCUUAGAGUGGUUUUCAUAAACACAUAAAACAAAGUGUACUUAUUAGAGUGUAAUAGUCGGAUAAACACAAUAGAAAACAAGAGAAUUAGAGUGUAAUAGUACUAAAUAAGCUAAAGUGUAUUUCACGGGUUUAUGAAAACCACUCUACUGAUAAAACAGGUUCGAAUCUGCGCACACGUUCAUAUCGAGCAUGCAAGGUGAAGCUCAGUGUCGUGCGCAAACUUUUAUUUGUUAAAAAGACAUGGAUUCUGGUGCGCAUAUUCUUGGAGUGCAACCACAUGCCUCAAAAUCUCCCGAGAUAAACGACAAUGAAACAGUCGCCAUGUUGGCUUAUCAAACAAGAGAAGGUAACGAGGAAAGCUUUGUUAUUGGCAACCAACAUGGCGGUUAUGACGUAACAUGCACCCCAAGAAUUGUUUGCACGAAUCGAAUGUACUCAAUGAUAAUAUGCGACUAUCCAUAAUGUUAGUAGAUCUUAACGGUAUUCUGCAUCUAUUACUUGCUAUUCUACGUUGCGCUCAGCAUUGGUAGAUUGAAUGUACACUCGGCGUAUUUUGACUGCUACGAGCAACUUUGUCAACUUUCUGCGCGCAACCGUUGAAUUAUCAUGUAUCUAGGCUUUACCAUGCAAAUAAUCUACACUGAAGUCAUGAUCACUUGUGAAUUAGUCUCUAUUCCUCGGCAGCCAUUGGCCUUUUCUGAAUCUAUCAACAUGAUGCAUUAUGGACCAGUUUGGGUACCAACACCAUAUUAGGUACCAUAGUAGGUGUUUGUACCGAAACUAUUUUAUACAAUGUACCAUGCUCGCUGUCUCAGAAGUGGUUUAGUAUUUUUGUGGGAGCAAAAGAUUUUAGCACGAGUAGCCUCGGUACUGGGGCAUUGACAUAGUAUAGAUUAUGAAUGCAUAAGCAUGACCGCCACGUGUGAAGUUCCUUAAGAGAACUGUUGAAGAUUAUAAUCAUGGACAUCAUAAGGGGUAGCUGGUUUCAAUAAAAAAAAAAUGAAUUGAGAUA